AUGAGAGUAGUAAAGGAUUAUUAUGUAACGAUUGAAAGAACUGUAACUGACAACGCAAUAAUUUUUGAUUAUCACCAUUACCAUAAUAAUUAUUAUUAUUAUAACCUGAGUGCUUUUGCUGAGAUGCAGACUCGGACUCAGGCACCUAGCCCGCUUGAGCAAUUUUCCAUUCUCCCAUUGAUUCCUAUGAAUAUAGGAAACUUGUAUUUCUCAUUCACAAAUUCAUCUUUGUUUAUGCUGCUAACUCUCAGUUUGGUCCUACUUCUGAUUCAUUUUGUUACUAAAAAAGGAGGAGGAAACUUAGUACCAAAUGCUUGGCAAUCCUUGGUAGAGCUUAUUUAUGAUUUCGUGCUGAACCUGGUAAACGAACAAAUAGGGGGUCUUUCAGGAAAUGUUAAACAAAAGUUUUUCCCUUGCAUCUUGGUCACUUUUACUUUUUUGUUAUUUUGUAAUCUUCAGGGUAUGAUACCUUAUAGCUUCACAGUUACAAGUCAUUUUCUCAUUACUUUAGGUCUCUCAUUUUCUAUUUUUAUUGGCAUUACUAUAGUGGGAUUUCAAAGAAACGGGCUUCAUUUUUUAAGCUUCUUAUUACCCGCAGGAGUCCCACUGCCAUUAGCACCUUUUUUAGUACUCCUUGAGCUAAUUUCUUAUUGUUUUCGCGCAUUAAGCUUAGGAAUACGUUUAUUUGCUAAUAUGAUGGCCGGUCAUAGUUUAGUAAAGAUUUUAAGUGGGUUCGCUUGGACUAUGCUAUGUAUGAAUGAUCUUUUGUAUUUUAUAGGGGAUCUUGGUCCUUUAUUUAUAGUUCUUGCAUUAACCGGUCUGGAAUUAGGUGUAGCUAUAUUACAAGCUUAUGUUUUUACGAUCUUAAUCUGUAUUUACUUGAAUGAUGCUAUAAAUCUCCAUUAA